AUGAGGCAGCAUCGAGCUAAGCGAGUGGCUGAAGAAUGUGCAGCUUGGUUAGUUACUGAUGGUCUGGAGUAUGUUGAGCCUUACGCUCCAGAUUUGCUCAUUCGUCGCGAGAAACGUUCAACGACUGAUUGUGAACUCCUUGUAGAAUAUCAGGCGUCAGAUUUGACGCAACACAAGGAUCAUUUGUCCAUUGAUAGUCAUCAACAUAAGGAAUUAUGUACUUCUAAAAAUAGUGAUGCAAACUCUCAAUGUCCCAAGAAUUAG